UAUCACAUACAGAAUGUCAUAGCUGUGUCACAUAGCUCUGUUGCUACUUGUGUGCAUAUUUAUUAAGGUAUUCUUGUCCUCUAGGGGACAUUUUCGAUAGUCCUGAUGGCUGUCGUAGACAGCCGCUACAGGUUUGUCCUGAUUGAUGUUGGCGCUGAGGGACGACAAAGUGAUUCUGGAGUGUUCAAGGCAUCUCCAAUUGGCCACCACCUUGAAAGCGGCACCUUGGACACCCCAGGGUUGAAGAAACUGCCUGGAAGCGACCUGGUGACUCCCCACGUGUUUAUUGGUGAUGAGGCGUUCCAACUGCGACCUGAUUUUCUGAGGCCCUACCCAGGCCUCGGCCUGCCUACAGAAAAGAGGGUCUUCAACUUACGGUUGAGCCGUGCCAGGAACUGCGUUGAAAACGCAUUCGGCAUUCUCUGCGCACGGUGGAGGAUCCUGUUGAGGACCAUCAACUUAAUACCAGAAAAUGCAGAUGGUGUUGUAAAGGCAGCUUGUGUGCUUCACAAUUUCCUGAGCACUCACAACAAUGACACUGUGGGCUAUGGUGACAAUCAGGAUGUCUACAGCAACAUUACUGAAGGAAGAUGGCAUCAGGAGCUGGAGGGUUGUUCAAUGUUGCCUUCUCUGCAUCGCACCCAUGCAAGAAACUUCAGCAGGGAUGCCGCUGCAAGCAGGGAAGCAUUUACUAAAUACUUCUGUAGUCCAGCUGGGGAGUUGUCAUGGCAGUGGGCAAGGGUACAACCACAGUGAAGGGCAGUUUCUUCAUGAAAGAUGUGCAUUAGGAUUGUCACCUCUCCGGAUUUCACCCGAACAGUUAUGGAAUUGAAGUCUUGCUUUUUGUGUCUGGGUGAAGGUGAAAUGCAUACAGUGGAUAGGUGCACAGCUCCCCAUAGAGUGCAUAGUUUGAGAUAGCUCACACAGAACUGGGCACAAUGUAAAUGAAAUUGAUAGGACCAAUAAAAAUGCAACGUUAUGCAUUCCAGCUGGCCAAAAAGGGGUUGUGACAGGUCAUCCCAGGUUAUCCCAGAUAAACAUAAAAAAUUGUUAUUUGCACUGAUGUGAACCUGCACUGAAAGAAUAGAAGCAUAGAAGCAAAGAAAAUAGGCACCGCGGAUACCAAGGCGUAUGUGCCUCUCUCAUCACAGACCUCACUGCCGCCAGUGAGGUAGCGCACAAGAAGUCACAUGCUUACAGCUGCCCAUAAAAAUCCAUGCAACUCUGAGGUCUGAGAC